AUGGCAUCUUUGGGCCGCGCCGCCGCCUCCGCCGCGAGAGCAGCCCUCCGCCCGGCGCCCCUCGCCGGCCGCAGCCUCGGCUCGUCCCUGCCGUCUGCCUCCUCCGCACGAGCCGCCCGUCUCCUCCGCAGGUCGGCGGUGGCGGGACUGGAGACGCUGUUGCCCCUGCACACCGCGGUGGCGUCGGCGCGCCUGAAGUCCUGCAUCGCCGUCGACUCCACCUGCUGGAGCUCCCUCUCCCAAGGAUAUGCUUUGCCUUUGUGACAAAGAGCUGCACGUACCUGAAGAUGCCAAUGAACAUUAGGGAUUACAGACACCUCGGGCUGUAAUAAUUAGGUACUUGUAAACUGACGGUGCACCCAAACCUGUUUAGUUUUAUAACGUGAUCCGUUCAUGUUUUGGUGUUGAAAGUUUUAUACCACAUUGAUUUUCUGCAGCUCUUCCGUUGUUACGAGUACUGUAUUUCCUUGAGCAUUCACUUUUAAUAUUUGAAACUGUGUUCCUGUGAAUUGUCUCAAAGCGUUUGCAUUUCAGAUUAAGAGUCCCUUAUAGUCUCCUUCUCUGCUGUAAGUCUUUGAUUAGUCUACAUGCCUUCUUUGUUUAGAGUGGUACAUCCUCAGGCACCACCGGCCACCAACCAAACCCAGACCUCGAUCGAUCUCCAGGAGCAAGAACCAAGAAUCGAUCCGGCGAUCAUGGCAAGCUCGUUUGAGGAAGGCGAGGUUCCUUUUGAUAAAUUUGCAGCGGCGACCCGAGUAAGCGAGCUCGUGAGGGUUAUCACGAGGAACAAGAACUCCCCAAAGGCGGUGGCGGCUGUCCGGGCAGAGGGACUGUCCCUAUCUCAUGCCCUCGGGAGAAGCGCAGCCCGGAUGGACCAGGAAAGUUCCUCCAUUGAAAAUCCCACCGUGGCCGCAGCCGCGGCGGUGCCCGCUCCACAGAAUAAGGUUCCCCUCGAAACCUUAGAUGAUGCGCUGGCGAUCGGAGAAGCCUUCUUCGGCCGGGCGCCGGAGAAGAAGUAGUAUAGGAGGUGAGGCUCUCCAAGGUGGAUCUUGAAUACAUCCUCUCGUACAAGAGCAGCCCCAUGCCUCAUCCGUCGGACGCAUUCCUCACGGACGAAAAGCUCAUCCUCGACUGGAGGGGCUCCCGUCCCCAAAGAGCAGGUUGUGGACUACUUCACCCUACUGUUCUCCGCUUUCGAUGGCACGGACGAUGAUUUCCUGGAGAUGCAAAAGAGGGUCAACAAGGAGUACAAGAAGAAAGGUUACGCCCAUCACUGGGUCACUGACGACGAAGAUGAAGCCCCUCUAGCUCUACAGCUGAAGAGAUAUGCAGUGUACGAUCGCAAGAGAAGAUGAUAUUUGUAAGCUGUAGCUGAAACGCAAAUUUAUCUAGAUACACAUUUAUCUAGAUGUGUUUUAGUGUGUAUGUGUGAGCAUUACACUAAUAUUAUGUAAACAUGUAAUAUGUAAUUACGCUGUAAUGGAACACCUCUUUAAUGUGUGA